GCACACGGGGGGGGGGCACACGGGUCCUGUGGGCCCCGGGGGGGCUCUGGGGGUCCUUAGGGACCCCACAAGCCGCCGGUGGGCAACCCCCCGCACCCCAUGACGUCACUCCACGUGGGGCUGCGACGUCACCCAUCCCGCCUGUGACGUCGCCGCUCCCGCGGCGGUGGAGGGGCGGUGUGACGUCACAACCUCCCCGCCGCCGUUUCCCGCGGGCACAGGAUGGGUGGGUGACGUCACGGAGGGGGGCGGGCCGUGACGUCAGGCGGUCCCGGCAGCCCCCGCGGCCAUGGCGGGGGGGGGUCCCUGGGCCCGGCUCGCGGCCGCGCUCGCGCCCCCCGCGCCCCCCGCCCCGCGCCGGCCCCGCCCCUCGCCACGUCAUCAGACGGAGCUGCUGCUGCUGCUGCUCGAGUCCCCGCGGGCGCUGUGCGGGGAGGGGUCCCCGGGGGGCGGGGAGGGGUCCCCGGGGGGGCUGGGGGGUCCCGGGGGGGCUCUGCUGGCCCUGCUGGCCGAGCCCCCCGCGGGCCCCCCCGCUCCCCCGCGCUCGCUGCUGCUGCUGGCCACCGUGACGGUGCUGGUGGCCAGCGGGGACCGCGCGGGGCUGGCGGCGCUGGCGGCGCUGCUGCAGCGCCCGGGGGGCGCGGGGGGGGCCCCGGCGGCGGCCGCCGAGGUCCUGCGGGAGCUGCGGCGCCUCGGGACCCCCGGCAGCGCCCCCAGACCCAUCGGGACCCCCCCCGGGAGCCUCCGGGAGAGCCCCGCGCUGCAGCCGCUGGUGCUGCUGCGGGCGGAGGGGGCGGCCGAUCCAGCGGAUCCCUGGGGAGAGGCGGGGCCGGAUCCCGGCGCUGCCUUCGGCCUCGCUCCGGCCGCCCGGGCGCAGCUCCCGCAUUUCGGGGGGGGGGUCGCGCCCGGGGCCCCCCCGCUCCUGGCCUCGGCGGAGCCGGCCCCGGUGCAGGCGGCGCUGCUGCGGGGGGGGCUGGGCGCGGGGGGGGCGCCCCGCCUGGCCGCGCUGGCGCUGCACCCCGCCCUGCCCCCCCCGCUGCGCCUCUUCUUCCUCCUCUGCCUCCUCGAGGGGGGGGACCCCAAAAAAGCCGCCGCCGCCCCCCCGCCCCUCCCGGCGCUGCCCCCCCCCCUGGCGGCCGCGCUGUUCCCGGGGGGGGCCGCGGAGCCCCCCGAAAUGUUCCUGCCCCGCUUCGAGGCGGCGGCGGCGUUCUGCUCCCCCCGAGCCGCGGGGGGGGCGCCGGGCGGGGGCGGCCCCCCCCCCAAAAUCCCGGGGGGAGGGCGCGAGUGGCUGUGGGGGCUGGUGGGGUUUUUGGGGGGGGGUCCCCCCGUUCUGUUCUGCCGGGCCGUGCUCGCCUACGGCCGCUGGUUCGGGGGGGUCCCCGGGGCGGAGCUGGGGGCGGCGGCCGAGAGAUUGUUGGGGGGGGGUCACCCCGCGGCCCCCCCGCACCUGCUGGAGCUCGCCAAGGUCUUGGGGGGGUCCCUCGGGGGGGCUUUGAUGGCGCAGGUGCUGCGCGCCCCCCCGCCCCCCCCGGGCACCCCCCAGCUCCGGGCGGUGCUGAAGGUGCUGCGGGACCCCCCCGCGCGGGGGGGGCACCCCGGGACCCCCCCCCAAACGCGCCCCCAGGUCCGGCGGUACCUGCGGCGGGCGCUGGCGGCCGGGGGGGGGGGCUGGGGGGGCGCUCAGGGGGUGCUGAGCGCCGCCGCCCCCCUCCUGCCCUGCGGGGGGGUCCCGCUGUGCCCCCCCCCGGCCCGGGACCCCCCGGCUGUGGGGCGGGGGGGGGACCCCGACGUGCGGGACCGCGGCCGCCUCCACGGGGCGCUGGCGGCCGCGCUGGGCCCCCCCAAAUUGGCCGCGAUUUUGGGGCCCCCCCCGCGCCGCGCCCUUCCCUGCCCCCCUCCCCAAAACGGGCCCGGGGGGGGCUCUGGAGGGGGCGCCCCCCCCUCCCUGCUGCCCGCGCCCCCCCCCUGCCGCCUGCGCUGCCUCCCCGGGCCCCCCCCGCCCUUCGCCGCCCCCCCCGGGGCCCCCCAGGACCCCGAGGGUUGGGGGGGGGCGCUGCUGGCGGGGGGGGGGCGGCCCGUGCCCCUCCCCCUGCGGCUGCGCCUGGAGCCUCUGGGGGGGCCCCGAGCCGAGGGGACCCCUCCCCAAAGCCGGGGGGGGCCCCCCCCCGCCGCCGCGACCCCUCCCCAAAGCCGGGGGGCGCCGCCCCCCCCCGUGCUGGCGCUGCAGCUGCUGCUGGGGGGGGGCGGGGGUCGCGCCGAGGGGGCGCUGGCGGCGCUGGGCGGGGGGCGCGGGGGGGCCGAGCUGACCCUGACCCUGCGCCCCCCCCGAGCCCUGCCCCCCUCGCUCGAGGCCGCCGCGGUUUUCAGCGCGGGGGGGGCAGGCCCCCGGAAAGGGGGAGGGGGCUGGUUCCUGGCGCCCCUCCCCCCGCUGGAGCUGCCCCUGGGGGUCCGGCUGCGCCCCCUCGCCCUCCCCCCGGCCUGGGACCCCCCCCGCGCCCGCCGCGCCUUCGAGGCGCUCUGGGGGUCGCUGGGGGGGGGCCCCGAGACCCUCCUGGUGCUGGGGGGGGGCGCGGCCGCCCCUCCCCCCGCGCUCGCCCCGCUGCUGGUGCCGGCGGGGGGAGGGGCGGGGGGGGGAUGGGCGCUGGCGGCCGCCGCCCCCCCCCGGGGGGUGGUCCUGGCGCGGGGGGGGCCGGGGGGGGAGGGGCGGGUGCGGGGGCAGCGCUGGGGGGGGGUCCUGCUGCUCGCGCGGCUGCUGCGGGGGGAGGGCGGGGCCUGAGCUGUCGCGACAUGUCGGGAGGGCCCCCGUUCUGUGACACCCCCCCCUCUCCCCCCCCAAAAACAAAAACCCCAAAAAAACUGGAAAGCGCAAAA